CGCUGAAAGCUCAUCGUGAUUCUACUGUCUUUACAAACGUACUGUCAAUCUUGAACAAAUCAGUCGCUGCUCCAAUUCCAAACAACAGCCAAAAUGAAGACCUUCACCAUCGCCUCCCUCGCUGUCUUGGCCUCUGUCGCCAGCGCUCAGCUCGACAACAUCCCUCAGUGCGCUCUUUCCUGCUUCAUCGGUCCCCUCACCAGUGACGGCUGCGCGAACCUUACCGACUUUGCCUGCCACUGCAAGAAGGGCGACACACUCCUUUCCCAGGUCCAGCCCUGCGUGCAGAAGGCCUGCGAGGCUGCCGACCAGGCAAAGGCCAUUGCCGCCGUCGAGUCCACCUGCCAGGCUGCUGGUGUUCCCAUCACCAUCCCCGACACCAGCGCUCCUGCCGCCUCUGCCUCUGCCUCUGCCGCUCCAGCACCAUCUUCUGCAGCGUCUGCGGCUUCUUCAGUUGCCUCGGCCGCCUCCUCGCUCAUCUCAUCCAUUGCGACAUCCGGCACUCCUGUGCCCAUGCCUACCCCCAUCUCUACCGGCACUCCCUCUAUGACACCUUCCAUGACACCCUCUGGCACACCCUCUGCCUCCGGCACUCCUACUUCUUCCGUCUCCGAGUUCACUGGUGCCGCUGCCCAGGCCACCCAGGCCGUCGGUAUCAUUGGUGCCGCCGCCCUUGCCAUGCUCGCUUUGUAAACUACUACCAUGUCUUCUCUCUGUGUUGACAUUUUGAUAUGAAAUCGGGCUAUUAUGGACUACGGAUGGAAAUGGUAAUGAAGGUGUCAUGGUACGACGAUGGGAUGUAGUUCGGGUUUGCUUUGUUUGUACAUCACCGAAUAAGAAAAAGUGAAUAAUCCAGAUACCACUUAAUAUCUACGUAUAUCCUCAUAUCCUUCUGCAUAC